GUAAGAGAACACAGCUGCAGUGCGGAGAGCAGCCAUGGUUCGCAAACUUCGACGGACAUCCUUUCCAGCACCCCUCGCGCCCCUCGCCCAGCCACGGCGCUGCCACGGCCCACCCCGCUGGUUUCCCCAGCACAACGUAUUUUCCAACGUACUAGCCGACGAGGGCAGCGUACAGUACGUAGUACAGUAUGUAGUACAUAGUACGCGUACUACGAACUAGGCAACCCUGCAGGAAGCCAUCAUUCUUGUAGAGGCGUUCCCGACCACCGGGUCCCUGGACGGCUCCCGGCGGCCAGCACUACGCCCACGGUGAUGGCGCCAGGGGAAGGAAGGCGGGCUACCAGGCCCGCUACGUGAUGAAGGUCGGCGGCGACGAGGGCUCCACGGGCUCCAUCCGCCUCCGCAUGGCUGGCGAGGAGGAGAGGUGCAUCCCUUACGAGGCCGCCUACAUCAUGGACCCGACCACCGGGUCCCUGCCCAACAAGCACCGUGUGGCGCCGGUGAAGGACAACACGUGUGUGCUGGUGGUGUCGGUUUACCGCACCGACCUCACCUACGACGACAUCGUGGGCGCCAUCGUGGCCAAGUCUGUGGAGCGGCGGCAGCCCUUCAGUCUGGCCGCCAUUGAGAUUGAGCGGCCGACUGCACUGAAGCCCAGCACCAGGGGGAGCCUUGGCAACACCUACGCCAGUGCCAACAAGGGCAGGACGCUGUCCCAGGCGACCAAGGACGCCAUGUCGGCGGCCCACAAGGGCAAGCCGAUGUGCAAGGCAGCCAAGGACGCCAUGUUGGCGGCCCACAAGGGCAAGCCGCUGUCCCAGGCGACCAAGGACGCCAUUUCGGCGGCCAAAAUCACCUGCCUCUGCGGCAUCUGCAAAACCUGCAAGGUGCGGGCCAGAGUCCAGAAGUUCCGGGCCAAGAAGGCCAAGAAGGCCUAGACAACGCCCUCCAAAACCGGUGUUUAUCAACACCACCAUUCAGGUAGCGCAGGGGGAGGGUGUUCUUCAGGGACGUGUAACCGCACUGACCG